AAACUGUUGAAAGAAGAUUCCCGAGUUGCGUCUUCCUUGCGGGCAAGGGGUAGCGACAAGUGGUGCCGAGACCCGGGAACCAGAACUUUCAACAGUCAGGGGUGGUGCACCGGUUAGUCCCAGGUAAGUGGGAUCCGCGAUCAAAGCGGGGUUAGUCCCAGGUAAGUGGGAUCCGCGACCAAAGCCGGGCAGCUCCUCUGUAAAGAGAGAGCAUUACAUUUUAUUGCAGCUGCACUGUGUACUUUUGCUUCUACUUUCGCUUUUGUUUUCUGUGUUUCUUUUGUUGUUGUGUCAUUUCGCUUUUGUUUUUUGUGCUUCUUUUGUUGUUGUGAUGACAGGGACGCUCCCCUGUAAAAGGAAGAGAGUGGGGACUUUUGUACUUUCACUUUCUUUAUAGCUCUAAAAACAUUAUGGGCGUUGCUUCUUCAAGCCCAAUUUUGUUGGCCCUAGAUGGGUUGUUACAUUCAAAAGGACUUAAGAUAAAGCAGAGUACUUUGCAGAUGUUUUUAAGAGAAGCUGAUAUCGCGGCUCCUUGGUUUGCUUUUUCAGGGAGUCUUACGGUUCCCAGCUGGGACAAAUUAGGGAAAGAUCUAGAUUUCGCUCAUGAGCAAGGUACCUUGCAGGGUGGCAUUAUACUACUUUGGAAGUUAGUUAGAGGAUGUAUAACAGAUGGUAAAUGCCAGGAAGCUGUGAGUGAGGGUCAAGCUAUUCUUGAGCAACUGCAUGAGGAAAAAUCUGAAGGAUCAUGUAGUGAAGUGGCAGAGAGUAUUAAAAGUAACAGUAGUGAGAAGGCAAAAGAGCCUGAAGAUAAAAAUAGGAGAAGGCUCUACCCAGACUUGACCGAAUUAAAAACGCCUGAGAACACAAGCGACUCAGAGAGUUCUGAGGACCUUGAUAUAUUGUUACAACAACUACAUAAGAUAAAAAUGAAAAAGAAGAAAAAGGAGACACAGGGCACACAGGCCUACUGUAAGAAGGGGAAGGGAGUUAACAUCGGUCAACAAAACUCUGAGGAGGAGGAGGUAGAAUAUCUAGAAGAAGAUAUGGUGCCGAUUGCCCCACCUCCGUAUGUGGGGGGGAGCCAAGGUUCCGGGAGAUCUUUUCAUGCACAAGUUUGGAGGACAGUUAAUACAGAUAUGGGACUUGCAUACCCUGUAUUUCAGGACAAUAACAGGGGAAGAUAUCAUGAGCCUUUAGACUUUAAGAUAAUUAAAACCUUGGCAGAAUCUGUCCGCACUUAUGGCAUAGAUGCCGCUUUCACUCUCACUCAGGUGGAGGGACUUACUAGAUUUUGCAUGACUCCCUCAGAUUGGGCUAGUCUAGUCCGCGCUUGUGUUUCCCCAGGGAAAUAUUAG